AACACUUUUUGCACUCACAUACACACACAUGUUUUUCAAUCGAAUUUUUAUUAUUUUCGUGUGAUUGUGAUUGUCUUUGCAACGUAAAUUGUAAUUUGAAUCAAUUUGUAACAUUAUCUCUUGCUGCUUCGGUUUUAACUUUAACAGACAACUCCAAACAACCUUUUGUUUGUGCAAGUUCACUUCAUGCUCUCAGUUUAUUUCACUGUUCAUCAUUAUCUACUUGCAACAUAUACAUAAUUUUACUUUUUUAUUAACCACAAUCUACAUAAGUACACUCAAACUAAUCGAAUAAAAAAGAGAAAGAAGAAUAAGCAACAAAAAAACUGUUUGCAAAACGUCGAGCAAACAGUGUCACAUUUGGUUUGUUGUCUAAACGUAGCAACAUUCUUCAUACGUGCUCGCUCUAACAUCUAUCGGUAGUGUGUGUGAGACUAUUCGAAUAAAAUUAACGAUUAAUCGUUGAACUUUUGCUAGAAAACAUACAUAGAUAAUAAAGUGUUAUAUACAAUUUUAAACGAAAUUGUUAGUUGUCUAGUUAAUGAAUAUAUAAAUAACUAUAAAACAAUUUACUAGAAAAUUAAUUCAAACAUGGUCAUGGAUCAACUGCUACAGCAUUUAAGCAACGGUUUACUCACCGUUGCUUCCGCCCAACGUUUAGCUCCUCCACUUAAUGCCACACUAACUAAUAUUUUGCCCUCCACCUCGGCUUUAAAUUUGUAUGCAGCUACUACAGCUGCUUCUAAUUUACGUGUACCGCCAUGGGCGCCUUUCUUACAACUACCCCACCAAGUUAAUGCUGGUAUAUACACCACACGUCAGCGUUUAUUAAACAGCUCCUCUGCCGAAACUGCCGAUUCUGGUUUAUUUCACGCCUGUUCUCCAAUUGGUGCUGCUCAGCAGCAUCCGCCUAAAGUUAUGGCAACUGUUGUUUUGCCAUUUUCUACUAGCAUUUUUAAGGCUCAGUUCGCGGCCAAUACUUUGCCACUUGUAGCUGCAGACCCAAGACAACAACAGCAACGGCAACAGCCGCAGCAGCAGCCUCAACAGCCACAAGCAAAGCUUAAUAUAAAUUUGCCAAAGACUAAUUUGCAACAUGCUAAACACAAUGCUGUACCACAAGGACCUCCAGCUGCCGCCGGCAAUGAAUCGAAUGAUGAUGAUGAAUCCCUGUGUAAUGAAGAUGAUUAUGAUGAAGACAAUGAAAGCAGCAGCUCUAAACGAAGACGAAAUCGUACAAAUUUCAACUCGUGGCAACUUGACGAACUGGAGAGAACAUUCUUAACAAACCAUUAUCCAGAUGUUUAUAUACGUGAGGCUCUAGCGAUACGAUUGAAUCUCAAGGAGAGCAGAUUAGCGGUGUGGUUUCAAAAUCGUAGAGCUAAAUGGCGUAAAAAGGAAAACACCAAAAAAGGACCAGGAAGACCAGCACAUAAUGCUCAUCCUCAGACAUGUUCGGGUAAUCCCAUACCAUUAAAAGAAUUAAAACACAAAUUAAGAGCACAAAAACUCAAACGAAUUGACAAAGCCAUAGAAAGACAAGCAAGGAAACUACGUUCUAAAGGAAUCGAAGUUAACCGGGAACAACUAAAAUCUGACUACUUAGCACAGCAUGGCAUAAAUGCUCAAAGCUCAGCAGAUUCAGAAAGCGAUGACAAUGAAGACAAUGAAGACUACCAAAUUGAUGUUGUAGGCGGUACUGAGAACUAUGCUAAAUGCAAUUGUACAACUGAUUGCAAUAAUUCUAUAGCUUCUAAUCCAACUGAUCUCUUGUCUUGUGAUAAUUUACAAUUUAAAAAUGUUACAAAUGAACAUGUGAAAAUUGAGAAUAAUAAACAUAUGAAACGUCUGAAUUCAUUCAGUAUAGAAUCCUUAUUAAAUAGCAAAACAUGA